AUGGAUCCAGGUCGUUGUUGUUCUAACUUUUGCGUCAGAACAGACACCAUCCAUCCAUCCAUCGCUUCUUUUUUUUGCGCUAUGAUGAUGAGCGAGAGAGUGAGACAAUACGGUUAUGGCCUGAGCCGUUGGAUGCUGACCGACGACCGUUGCAGUGCUGCUGUCAAUGUCGCAUCUAUUCUAUCGUCUAUUUUGCUGAAAUUACUUGGGUUGGAUCCGUAUCGCUUUUCGUUCUCGCUCUCGCAACCUCCACAGGUUGUUCGAUUCCUACACAAUCCGCACACACCCGCGUAUACAUCCUUGCUCAAGACGCUCGGCGCUGGGCGGUGCUGGAACAUCCUCUCCUCAGGUCUCACUUAUUUUAUCACUGCCUUCUGGAUCAUCAACGUCAACAUCAGUCAUCAACUUCAGCCUUCGUUGUCGUUAUCGUCAUGGCGGAUCGACCCGCGUUUUCGCUUGACGAGCAAUACGAAAUAUCCGCAUCAUAGUCCCAUAGCCUCAUCCACAGUCAUAUCUCGUUUUUCCUACGAGUACUCCUCCUUCUCUGUACUUUGUACGACUUGCGAGGCAGCAAGAUGCCAAGAAGCAGCUAGGAGCCUUUCCGUGCCAAGGCACAAUCAAGUCGUAAAGCUUGUCUACGGAUACGGAACACAGUCUUGCGGCUUGCCAACGGUUGGCCCCAUCUCCGACUGA